AUGUCCCUACCCGGCUACCGUCGCCCUCAGUCACCACGUUUGAUUAGGCAGCUCUCCGCCCGCACUAAACAUGGCGACGGAGCAGUUGUGCAUCACGUGACGGGAUCCCUGGCUCCGGCUCACGCGCGUGCGGGUGGUCCUGCCGCAGGGGCUGCCGGGAAGCGGAUUCAAACGAUCUUGGCGGAGCGCGCGAGAGCCGAGUCCGCAAUGAGGCGAUCGGGGCGGCCUAGUCUCUGGCGGCGGCAGGUGAGAGCCCGGCGCCCUGUGUCUAACGAUAUGGAUACUCCUGAUUCUGGGGGCAAGACCCGUUUAGGAAGAAAAACUGCAGAAACUGGAAUCAACUUUACAAAUACUACUCGUUUCUCAAGAGGUUUGACGUUCACCAGGACACACACCCUGUGUGGUCAGAGCCCAACUAGGAGAAUAAUUCCACAAACAUCUUUACUGCAGGAAAAUGCGGAUCCUCAGAAGAUAGCAUUCCUUCUACGCAAACAAUGGACCUUGUAUAGUGUGACCCCCAUGUACAAAUUCUCUUAUGGUAAUCUGAAGGAGUAUUCUAGACUUCUGAGUGCCUUUGUUGCCACUGAAAAGCAGAAAGGACUUGCUGUAGAAGUGGGCAAUGAUCUUGGUAUCAAAGUGAUUUUGUCCACCCUUUUAGGACUGAAAGGUACAGAUCAGGACCAGGCUGCAAUCCUUGUCCAGAUUGCAUUAAGAUCUCAACUCCCAUUUGAAAAUGCAGAAGACAAAGUGGUGUGGUCAGGCUGGUUCUGCUGUAUAUCUGGAGAUGAUCUUUCGGAAAGUGUACCAGAGGAUUUUACCUGUUUAUCUUUGUUCCUUGCAAAUGGGGCAGAGAGUUACACAGCCAUAGUUGGUAGUUGGUUUCAGAAGACCUUUGACUGUUAUUUCAGUCGUUUAACUAUCAGCCCACUCAAUCUUGCCUGGAUGGCUGCUAUGUGGACUGGGUGCAAAGUGGACAGUCAUAUGGCUGCAACAGAACUUGUUUUCUCUGUGCCCUGCAUUCCCCAGUCUCUGGACAUUUCAUAUGCCAUACACCCUGAGGAUGCAAAAGCCUUAUGGGACACAGUGCAAAAAACUCCUGGGGAGGUUACUCAAGAAGAAGUGAAUUUAUUUAUGGACUGCCUUUACUCUCACUUCCAUAGACACUUUAAGAUCCACUUGUCAGCCACAAGACUGGUGAAAGUCUCUACAUCUAUAGCAUCAGCACACUGUGAUGGGAAUAUAAAGAUCCUACAUAGCAAGCACCUAAUAGGAGUGUUGACGCUGCUGACAGAGCUGGCGAUCUCACAGAUACAAUGAAAUCUUGUACUCUAUACCUGCUGUCCUAAAAAACUUAUUACGGAUGCUCUGCUUGGAUCACAUUAAGUCCAUCUGCAGUAGAUUCAUGUUUGAGAGACAUUGACUGCAGAAAGCUGGCUUUCCUGCAGAUUUUUUUAGCCUCACAAAACUCCAGUCCAUGAAGUGAAAGUAUAUUAGUUUCAUUUGACCUCAUUGGUUCCUGGACUGAAAUCUACAACUGGUAAUGAAGCAAAGAGGGCCAUAGGAGGAAAAUUAUAGAUGCACAUUUUGCUAUAAUAAAAAGGUCACAUCAAUAAA